AUGCGCGGCAUCCAAGUUGCCCGCUUACAUCUCGGUCGGGGCGUCGUCGUUUGUGGCGCCGGUCCCAUCGGUCUCAUUGCUCUCGCCGCAGCGCGGGCCUCCGGUGCGCAUCCCAUCGUCGUGACCGAUUUGGAUGAGAAUCGUCUGGCAUUUGCAAAGGAAUUUGCUCCGACAUGUACACCAUACCAAAUUAACCGGAACCUGGAUGCGGAGGCUAAUGCCAAGGCGAUCCGGGCUUUGUUUGGAGACGAGGAAUAUUCUGCACCGGAAACUGUUCUGGAAUGCACCGGGGUUGAGAGUAGUAUCUGUACGGCAGCAUAUACAGCACGACGGGGAGGCAAUGUGGUGGUUAUCGGUGUGGGCAAAUCCAUUAUGAAUAAUCUGCCAUUCAUGCAUCUUUCCCUAGCCGAGGUACGUUACUCUUUCUCGACUCGCUCGAGUGUUUAUACUCACAGUGGAUAG